UUUGUCACGAACGCCUCACAGCUGACGCUUCGGACUAACGUCAUUUCUAUUGGUCUAUCAGUCUAAGCUUCUGACGAGCAUUAAACAGCGCUUGCGCAUAGCAGACGAGAAUAGCUUUACAGCAACGAAAAUGAUCAACUGGAAGGCCCUGGACAAUGUCCCCCUCCUCUUCUACAUCCUGGCCCUGAAGACGCUGCUGCUGUGCUUGGCCUUUGCCGGGGCCAAGAUUUACCAGAGCAGGAAAGCCGAGGAGGCCCUGAAGAAGCAGCAGGCCGAGAGGAGGAGGCUGGCCCAGCAGACGCAGGAACUCGUCAACAACCUGAAGGAGGACUGAGGAAAUCCAGAGGAGCAGAACGAGCUCCUCCAAACUAGUCAGAGAAGCAGAAAGAAAGGGGAGAAUCUGGAGAAUUGCUCAUCAGCACUGGGAUGUUGACUUCACGAGUUUUACUCCAUAUUGAUUGACAGUUUUUUUUGUUUAGUUUAUAUAUAUAUAUGUAUAUAUAUAUAUAAGAAAAAAGGAAAACAGAAUCUAUUCAGACAUGGGAAAAACUGCCUUGCUGUCACUCAUGGUCUGAGCCGAGCUUUGUCUACAUGUGUGGCUGAGUUUUCACUGCCUGAAAUAUUUUUGCCCUUAUUUUUGUAACUAUAUUAAAUAGUUUGCUUGA